AUGAAAGUGAGUGAGCUAAUUACAAAUGAUGAAUGUCAAAUACCACUGGAGAUGAAUGCUUAUUUCAAUGAAGAUGACUUACUAUAUAUUGGGAAUGGAGUUGAUAGAAGAAUUUGGGAGACAAGUUUAACAGGGGAUUUCUCUGUUGCAAAUGCAGUACAAGAUAUAAGAAAAAAGUUCCCUAAAUGUUCAUGGGCUAAGAAAAUUUGGAGAUCUUGCAUACAUCCAAACUUGGCCUGUAAUAUGUGGAAAAUUGUGAGAGGUGUUGUAGCAACAGAAGACAGUGUCAGAAAGAAAGGAUUUUCUAUUGUUUCAAAAUGUUAUAUAUGCUGCAAUGGACAGGAUACACUGACACAUCUUCUCUGGGAAUGCUCCUUUAGUAAGAAGAUUUGGCACUGGCUGGGAGGUAUUUUUAAAAUCUUAAAUCCUUCAAAUUUUGAUGAAGUACUCAACUCGGUGCAAUCUAAAAGUCCUGCAGUAAACGAAAUAUGGUAUAUUGCUGUUUAUACUUUGAUGGUUGAAAUAUGGUUGACUAGGAAUAAAAAACUGUAUGAAGAUGUGACUCCAAAUACAGAGAAUGGGAUAAAAAGUAAAACUACAAGGAUUAAGGAGAUUCAUUUAAGUCUGCCAGAACACAAUCAAAUACCAAUUUUUCGUGAUGGAGCAGCUAAAGGCAAUCCAGGAGUGGCAGGCUUUGGAUUUAUUGGAAGAAAUAGUGACAGUGAAUGUGUGGGAGCAAUGGCUGGUGGUCUGGGUAUUGCAACAAAUUUUGUAGCAGAGAUGAUGGCUUUGGUAAUGGCAGGUGAAUGGGCUGUAUCUAAAUCUUUUUUGAAUGUACUUUUCAGUCUAUAUUCUCAUGCUGUGUUGAACGCUUUUACUGGUAAUAUAAUUCCUUGGAUGAUUCUUAAUAGAUGGAAGAAAGUAAUUUCACAUAUGAGAAGAGUAUCUAUCAGACAUGUUUAUAGAGAAGCAAAUUUUUCAGCAGAUAAGAUUGCCAAAAAAGGAGCUACUUUGAGCAGGGGUGAAAUUGUGAGAUAUGAGAAUAAACCAAGCUUUAUAGGAAGAUUGGAAGAUGAGAAUAUCAGAUACUUUAGAUUCUACUGA